UCAAGUCUCGGCCAUCAAUGAGUGUAGUACUUUGCAAAACAUUGACAAAAUGACAGUGAAAUUUAUUGUACUUUGCACAAUGAUUGUUCUUGCUAAUGCCGCAAUGAUACCAGCAAAUCCCGAAAGCCACCAAACAAAAUCCUCCUCAUUUAAUGUUCCACAGCAGCAACAGCCGGAAAUGGAGCAACAACCGACCGAAACCAGCCAGGAACAAGACAUGGACCCAAACUAUACUUACUCCUAUUCGAUUCAGGACAGCUGGUCCGGUGAUGUCAAGAGCCACCAUGAAAGCCGCCAGGGCGAUAGUGUCCGCGGUCAAUACCGUAUGCUGGAAUCGGACGGAACAGAACGGAUAGUGGAUUACAGAGCCGACGACAAAGAUGGCUUCAAGGCUGUGGUCCGCCACCAGCCAAAUGCUGGCAUCUCCGUACGGGCCGUCCCACUAAACUACGCGUCCAUCCACCAGUUUCCCCAGAUCCCUGCAGAUUAUGCCACAUCAAACUCACACAUGAUUCAAUACUACGAAACGCCGCUGAUCAUUGCGAAUCAAAUUCGUCACAACUGAGAGCGGAACGGACGAAACUGCGAGCAAACCCUGAGCAAACAAUGAGGCUAAAGACGUUUGAAGGCUGAAAUAGGAUGAAAAUAAAAAAAACUCUAGCAAAUAAACUCUUUGAGGGCGUUUGAUUUUAACAUAUGGAAGUUUGAUUUACACAAUAGACACGCCAUUGACGAGACAAGAUCGGCACCUAAUUAUUGGCAAUUAUCUUAUCCGGAUGAAUCGUAUACACUAGGU